AUGUUGCACAUAUAUUGGCCGGUCACAGCUUGCGUAACGAUGUUUCUCAUCGUUGGCGUUAUUAUUGUGAUGCUCAGGUUUGGGCAUCGUUUAUGCAAGUUGAGGCAUACUGCUCUGCCAGAUGAUAAUGAUUGGGAGGAUAAAGCCUAUGAACAAAAAGUGUCUUAUGCUGAAGCAAUGCCUUAAACAUCAUAUUUUAUAGCAUUUUAUGGAUUAUGUACAAGUAGUGUUAGUUUAAACUAGAAUCUCGAAAGCAAUUUACAUGAAUAUUCACGCAGAAAGUAUUAUUUUAAAAGUAUGACUUUGUAAUGUUUAUAACUCUUGAAAAAUCCGUCCAUUUUGUAUUUUUGAGUACUAUUUCUAUGUAAUAAAUAAUUAAAAACAUA